CUAAAUAUUAAGAGCAAAAAAAAAUAUUUUUUGAAAAUGUCAUUAAGAAAAUUCAUGCAUCCAAGAAAUAAAUAUAAAAAAAUACCAGAUUUCAAAGAACUUGCUUUAUUAUAUCCAAAGUUUCGUGAUAUUGCAAAUAUUGAUUUAACAGGAAAGAUAAAGAUUGACUUCAAAAAUGAAGAAAGCCUACGUGUGCUUACAGAAGUUUUAUUAAAACAUGAUUUUAAUCUAGAAGUAAAAAUACCUUCAAAUAAAUUAGUACCAACUCUACCAUUACGAAUAAAUUAUAUUUUAUGGAUUGAAGAUUUAAUGAAAUAUAUUUCUUUUAUUGAAAUGCAAGAAGUAAUUGGCAUAGAUAUUGGUACUGGGGCAGUUUGCAUUUAUCCUUUAUUGUUUGCAAAAAUGUAUGGAAAUCAAAUGAUUGGUACGGAAGUUGAUGAAACAAGCAUACAAACAGCAAUUCAACAUAUUGAAAAUAAUAAAUUGCAUCAUAUAAUAAAAGUAUUUAAAGUAAAUGAAGGAACAAUAUUGAAGGAUAUUAUAAAAGGAAAUAAUAUCUAUCACUUUACAAUAUGUAAUCCACCUUUUUUUGAGAUAGAAGAAUUAUCAGAAAAAAUAAUAAAACGUUUACCACCAAGAAAUGCUUCAACAGGAAACAAAGUUGAACUUACAGUUCAAGGUGGUGAAAGAGCAUUUGUAACACAAAUGAUUAAAGAAAGUAUAGAGAUUAAAGAAAAAAUAAAAAUUUAUACCACAAUGUGUGGUAAAAGAAGUAAUUUAUUAUUUUUAUUAAAAUUUCUAAAACAAAAAAAUAUAGAAAAUGUGACAUGGACAGAAUUUUGUCAAGGUCAUACAAAACGAUGGGGAUUGGCUUGGUCAUUUUUACCAAAAGAUGUUGUUAAUUUAAUAAAUGCUCCAGUUAUUAGAAAAAGUGAAGAUUAUAUUGCAAAAUUACUUAGACAACAACAUCCAAUAGAGAUACAAUUUCCAAUACAACAUAGAUUUCUUUCUUUUGAUAAUUUAGUUAAUUUUUUGGAAGAAAUAAUGAAAGAAUUAAAUAUACAAAUCAAAAAAUUAAAUUUGCCAAUUGACAAUUUUAAUGGUUGGUCAUGUCAACUAAUUGCAGAAAAUGAUACAUGGUCACAUGCACGUAGAAAACGUCGAUUAGCUCAAAGAUUAAUGAAUCAAUUUAUAGAUCAUAACACAAAAUGUAUAACUACAACAAAUGAUAUAGAAUAUUCUACAAAAAAAUUAAUGAAAAAUACUUCAAAAAAUAUAAUUGAAGAUCAAACAAUUAAAGAAUUACAAGAAACUGUUAUAAAAGAACCUUUGUUAAUAUGUAACUUUUUUGCUGAAUUAAUAGAACAUGAAGAAGCUAAAAAUAAUGAUGUAAAAAUAUUUAUGGUCCUUGAAAAAGGAACUGGUGGCAAGAAUGCUUUAGAAACAUUUCGACAAUAUUUAAUAAACAAAUUAGAUAUUAGAGAAUAUUUUCAAAAAUCACAUGAAAAACCAAAUAAAAAGAAACGAAAACGAUUAAAAACAAGCAAAAUUGAAAUGAAUUUGAAUCAAAUUAAAAAUUUUGUAUAAGAUAUCACUUUAUGUUCCAUACAAAAUGAUUUAUUUUAUGUAAACUUUAUAGUCAUCAUAUAACAAAAAUUAUGUAACAGAUUCAAAUUUUCGCAUAAAAUGACGAUAAAACAACGGUGAUAGAAAAAUGAAAGAAAGCUUUUUUUUCGUGAUGUAUACGAAUGGUAUAAAAACGAUUAACAAAGCUAUAUAAAUUUAUCUUGUUGAAUACAAUGCAAAUACUAUCUUUUAUUAAUUUUUGUAUAAUCUAUAUUAUUUUUAAACAUGUAUUAUUUAUGAAAAAUCUAUCAAUAUUCUUUAAAAGAAAAUUAUCUAUAGUAUUCAUAUUGAAUUCAACAAGACUAACCUCAAAUUAGCAAUAUCUAAAAAUAGAAAACAUGACUUUAAUAUAUAUUCCAUGUAUCGAUAGCAACUAAAAUGAAUGACAUUAAUGCCUAAAUGGCACAAAACAUGAUUUCAUAUAUGUAAUAAUAAAAUAGCUUAUAGAAAAAAA